AUGGUGUCCAUGCUGCCCCGACACAGUCAGGACAUGAGUCCCUCUGUCCCACUCCUGGACAGCCGCAGAUGUGCAUCCCGGCUGCAGUACCAUGGAGUCAGGAGGAAGCUGCGGCCUGGGAGGAUCUAUGGUUUCAUCCUCAGCCUGGUGGUGGUCUGCACAGUCUGUUCAUGGAGUGCCUGGUCACUGACCACAACUACAGCUGCACUGCUACAAACAGAGGGCCCAGAGACAGCAGGGCCCCGGAGGACUCUUCUGCAUUACCCAAACCUCACUGAGGACACACCUAUAGCAAUGAAGUCAUCUGAGAUCGAAAUGAACCAUGGAGACUACCCAACAGACUAUUUUACUGUGGAGGAGAGGCGCCAAGGCUUUGUGGUGCUUCAUAUGUUCGGCAUGUUGUACAUGUUCAUAUCCUUAGCAAUAGUCUGCGAUGAGUUCUUUGUUCCAGCACUCACUGUUAUCACUGAGAAGUUGGAGAUCUCAGAUGAUGUCGCAGGAGCCACCUUCAUGGCAGCAGGAGGAUCAGCCCCAGAGCUGUUCACUUCUGUGAUAGGAGUCUUUGUCUCACAUAGUAACGUAGGCAUCGGUACCAUUGUGGGCUCUGCCGUGUUUAACAUCCUAUUUGUCAUCGGCAUGUGUGCUCUCUUCUCCAAAGAGGUGCUGAACCUCACCUGGUGGCCUCUGUUCAGAGAUGUCUCAUUCUACAUAGUGGGGCUCCUCAUGCUCAUCUAUUUCUUUUUGGACAAUCAAAUCACUGUGGGGGAGAGUGCAAGCCUACUGUUGUGCUACACCACCUAUGUGACAUUCAUGAAGUUCAAUGCCAAAGUAGAAUCAUUUAUUAAAGGCACAAUUGGCAGCAACCAGGUGGACAAACUGGAGAGUGAACCAAAGGUCCCUCCACCAAGUGAAAAUGAGAACAAGCUCACGGCUAAACCCAGACUGCAAAGAGAAGGAAGCUGUGCCUCUCUCCACAACUCUCUGAUGAGGAACAGCAUCUUCCAGCUCAUGAUUCACACCUUGGACCCUCUCAGUGGUGACGGGCAAUUCAAAGAGAAGGCUUCAAUCCUCCACAAAAUGGCCAAGCAUCAAUGUAAAGAGGAAACUAUUAAUGCCAAUGGUGUAGGAGAACAGAGAAAAGCCGACAAAAAGAUUCCCAAUAACACCAAUGUUGCAGUUGAAGUCACACCACCAAUGAACGGUGUUGCUGGUGGUACUGAGGGACCAGAGGAGGAAGAGGAGGAUGAAGACCAGCCUCUGAGCCUGGCUUGGCCAGACACUACCAGGAAACGAAUCACCUACCUAAUUGUUCUGCCCAUUGUCUUCCCUCUUUGGAUCACACUGCCAGAUGUUAGGAGAGAGUCAUCUGAAAAGUAUUUUCCAGUCACUUUUGUUGGAGCUAUUUCCUGGAUUGCAUUCUUCUCGUAUCUGAUGGUGUGGUGGGCUCAUCAGGUUGGAGAAACCUUCUGGAUCACAGAGGAGAUCAUGGGACUGACCAUUUUAGCUGCUGGCACCUCAAUCCCAGACUUGAUCACCAGUGUCAUUGUGGCACGUAAAGGCCUGGGGGACAUGGCAGUAUCCAGCUCAGUGGGCUCAAACAUCUUUGACAUCACAGUGGGCCUGCCAUUCCCCUGGCUCCUCUACAACAUCCUCAAUGACUUCAAGGCGGUGGAGGUGAGCAGUAACGGGCUGUUCUGUGCCAUCGUGCUCCUCUUCCUCAUGCUGCUCUUUGUCAUCAUCUCCAUCGCUGCAUGCAAGUGGAGAAUGAGCAAGUUCCUGGGAUUGUUGAUGUUUAUGCUGUACUUUGUGUUCCUGGUCGUCAGUGUGAUGCUGGAGGACAAAAUGAUCACAUGUCCAAUCAGCGUUUGA